AUGUCGCACAGUACUGGCCAUCACAUGCCACAAGAUUCUUCUUCAAACUUAUCACGUACCAAUGCUGGAGCCUAUGGCCGACCUCCACGAUCUCAAAUUGCGAGACCAUUCAACCCCAACCCUAAGAGCAGAACCUCGUCAGUCUCAGAUGUCGAGGAUACUGGCCCAGUACUAGCACCGUCAAGUAUCAAGCGAUCUAUCAGUCGUGGGAGUCGCCUGUCUAUGCUUCCGCGCCCCAGUAUUGGUAACACAACAUCUCCAACUACACCAGUGUCGGCUUCCUCUUCUCAGAAUUCUACCCAGACAAUCCCGUCCUCUUUUUCCAGCCCGGAGAUUAACAAAACCUCGCCUCCUGUUGCUGGACAACAAUUAGCCCCAAAAAGAGCACGGAAUGUUCUUCGAAGGAGGGCACCAACGAUAGGGAAACAUGUGGAGCAACUACACUCUGACAAGCUUAGCCUUGUUAUUCCGCAAGAGCCUCAUUCUCUCGUUAUGAACAAUGCGACAGGAAAUGGAAAUUCGGCAUCUUCACUGUCAGAACAAUCGGCUUCCUCUUACAGACCAAACCACAAGAAUGAGAGCAAUGUGGCCGUUAACUCGGUGAGGUCUAGGUUCAAUGGUCCGGAAGAGCUGGCCAGUCUUCGAACAACAGUUGAUACGCAAAAUUUGCCAACACCUCCCACUCCCUUCUUAUUGGCAAAUAGUCCCUCGACGAGAUACUCGGGAUCUCCAAGUAUUUGGAGUCGGGGGUCCACCCCAACAUCUUUAUCAUCAUAUUCCCCCGGUAUUACGAAGAUUGGUCGUCUGAGACAACCGAGCCCGUCUCAAACAAGAUUGCCAGUCUUCUCUCCUCCGCCGCCAAAUGCAAGUCCUCAGCAAGGGAGACUGGAGCUGAAGACCUCAAAGCGAGUACCUCCCACAAAGCUCUCAGGACCAAGCGUAGUAGGGACCAGCAAAGGCCAGAGUGUACCAUCUAAACCUCCCUCUGCAGUACCCCAAGGGCCCGCUUGCAGUCCGCCGCCGAGAAAGUCAUCGGUCAAUUUCAGCCCCUCAAAAGCUCCCAAAAUUGACGUUGAGCAGGCUCGGAGGGAAGUGGAGGAAGCCGAGAGGAAUUUGUUUUAUCCACAAAGGGCUAUGGAAUGUUCCCCCGCAGGGAAUGUGGAAACACCACAAACCCCACCACGACCGAGCAGAGAUGGAACGCAUCGGUUACAGCUCGAAACAUCGCCGAUUGUUCAAAGCAACCUACGAUAUCUCAGAACUACAGGCCACACAAGACGUGAAUCGAUAGAAAAUGUCCUAGCGACCCAACCGCCACAUCCAACCUCCAACCAGUCUGCCGCUGCAUCAAUGGACUCGCUGCAAUCAAGAAGUAUCUCUCAAGUUCCUUCUCGGGAUGGCGGAUCUCCAGUACUAUCCAAAAAGACACCCCGGGCAUUGACCAAGGUGACUUCCAAAGAGAAGACGGAUUCAAAGCAAAUACCAAUACAAAAGCGGUUCGGUCUAUUCCCGAAGAAGUCCAAGCCGGAGAUGUCAGAGAAUUUGACAGAUCAAGCCCGAUCAACUCGCAAAGGUCCAGCCGCGGGAACAGGUCAUGAGGGCUAUGGAAAAUACGGACAGCGCGGCCGCAAAGCAAGCGGUAGUAGUAGCAGCGGAACGAGAACUAGGUCAACAAGCACGACACGGAGUGCUACUAGCAAGGGGAGUCAGUCGAGUCGCCCGGAGUUGGACAUUGACGAUUUUCUGCUGAGCCGUCUGGAGCCUGUCAUUAUCAAUGGAGGUGGACUAGACGGCGCAUCAUUGUCACGAACACAAAGCGAGCAGAGUUUCAGCAGCAUAAGCGUUGCAUCCACUUCGAACUUGCCGCGUCAAACUAUGCUAUCAUACUCGACUAGCCAGUCUACCGAAUCACUCGCGACUUCAACAGGGACAUUUGGAGAAACUAUUACGCCACUCUAUUCUAACGGCAUCAUCAAACCGAUGGGUAGCAAAAGUCCCGAGUCCCAAUCUAAGGCGAUUGAUCGUCCAACCGCGUUGAAGUCACGCAUGCCCGUCCCAAAAGGAAAGAGACACGACAUGUUUGCUAACCCCCAGGCUGCUGUCACAAACACAUCUCUUCCUAGCCAUGAGCCAAGCACUGCAGCCUCACAACAACCAAAGAGUGUUCAAAAGUCCCCCGAAAAAAUGACUAAACCCGAGCAGGCUGAGAAGCAAGCCAAGAAAGGGAAGGCUUCCAUGUGGAGCUUCUUCCAGAAGAACCGUGCCAACGAACAGAAGACCUCAAAUCCUCCGGCAACUUCAUCUCAAACUGCGAAACUUCAUGCGGCGAUAUCUCCGGUUAUAAAUACUCGGCCCGUUGCCCAUUAUGCAUUAGUGGAUGCUGAUUCGGACGAGCUCGAUGAAAUCAUCAAUAACGUCGAAGAUUCACCACCAACAGAGGAGGAAACGAUUUUCCACCCCGUGGAAAUUCCAAGAGGCUUGAGCAUCAGAAAAAGAAAGCCAUCAAUCCUGUUGCCAUCUCCCCCAAAGAUGCACGGUGAGUUUGAAAAUGAUGAUCGCCCAUCGCCGAGGACCGCCAUGUUCAAUCGCAACCUUAUGGGCCCGGAGCUCGAGACAUCACCUGAACAACGUCCAAGACGCUUGGCCUCUAUCGGUCGGAUCCCACCAGUAGUUUCGCGACGCGAUAGAAAUCAUCACCCUGCCAUGCAGUCUUUCUCACGUCCGUUCAGCGUUGCCGAAUCUCCUUCCAUCACGGUCCCAACAACACAAAGCUCAUACGAAUCUCCACCUGUCGCGAACGUUCCGUUGAAUCUGGGCAUUGGUUUAAGUGAAUCUUCUGACUGGGGCCAUGGGUUCAACCCGACUUUUAGCGCUGCUGAGCAGACUAGUGCUCUGGAAUUUCUCGCUGGACCGUUUACAACUUAUGAUUUCCUUCAAUUUCCGCCGAAGAAAGGCUCGACCUCGUCAGAUAGCUCUGGGGCGCUGGCUGCGGUUACAGCCGUGGCCCCGGUCCCAGGUUCCCCGCCGACUGAGGACGAGGUGUGGAAUGAGUAUGAUGAUCUUAUUGAUCACGUUCUGUCGCCAGACGAACCGAAGACUGAAGAGCCGGGAAAGACUAAAGAAGAUGACAGAUUUGAACUUGCAACUAUGGCGAGCAGGGCUCUACAGGACGAGUUGAAUAAUGCCAAUCAUCCUCAGCCAGUGCCUGCUGACAAUUCACUCCGCUCGAGUGGCAGCUCUGUCCAUCUUCGCCGUUCCCAGAUUAUCUCUGCUUUGCACUCGUCUACCGCUCCUUCGUCUCAACCGUCGUACAGUGAUCUUACUGCGGUAUAUCGAGGCUCAGAUGAAGAGAAGACCCAGAAGCCUGCCGGUCCUCCUGAGCAUGCUUCUUCAACAGACCAGCGCCGGGAACAGCAGUCUACGUUUCUCAACUCUCUCGCUGCCGUCCCUUCGCCUCGGCCAAAGUUCCGCCGAGAACAAGAAGCUGCAUCUCCAGAGCGCGAGUGGGACGAAGUGACACGGACUAAUAUGCGUUCUGCCUCACUCAUGACGAGCCGCUGGUUAUCUUUCGGCCGAGUCCUUUUUAGUCCUGCGCAUAACCACGUCAAGGCUGGAUGCCAAGGGCGAAUUCUUGUAGUUGACGGACUGGGAAAUGAUGACUGGUCUUUCUAUUGUUCCUUGACAUAUCCUGAUGCCGAGGUAUACAGCCUUAGUGGACGUCCUGUAUUCGCAGCACCUCCCCAUCCCGCUGCAUGGCAGCCCCCGAACAACCAUCACACCGUGUAUCACGCCGGACUGGACAACCCUCUCCCCUUCCCGAAGGACUACUUCAGCGUCGCCGUGCUGCGGUUCCCCACUAUCUGCUCCGAGUCAGUCCAAGGCAACAUCAUCCAAGAAUGCAAACGUGUUUUGCGCACAGGGGGGUAUCUAGAAAUGAGCCUUCUAGACCGCGACAUGGUCAAUAUGGGACCUCAUACGCGCAAAGCUAUUCGCCAACUCAAAGAAAUGACCUGUCUUUCAGAUCCGACACUCAGUCUGAAACCAACGAGCGAUAGCGUCCAACGCGAGCUUGGCACCCAAGGGUUCGACAGUCUCCGCCGCUGCAUGGUUCGAAUUCCAGUCGCAGGAAUGGUUGUCCGAUCCUCUGAUUCCAGCUCAUCAGCACAAUCCAUUUCAACAGCUACUCCUUCCACGACAUUCUCGGUACCUACCAUAUCCGUCACGACUGAAGGUGGUAGCCAGAGUACGGGAACUACCUCCAUCUCCAAAUCAGCCUCGAAUGAUGCGAAUGUCUCGCUCGGCGAUUUGCUCUCCGACCCUUCCCCGUCUCCGGCGAAUGACGAGUCAAUCGCUAAGAUCGUUGCCCGUGUCGGACGAUGGUGGUAUUCGAAAUGCUACGAGGAUCCCAUUUUAUCGAACAGGAAUACUCAGGAUCCGAGUAUUUGGAAUGACCGAAAGGUACUCCGCGAGUGCCAGAAGCGCGGAACCGGAUUCCGCAUGUUCAUUGCAUACGCUCAGAAGCCUAGUGAGGUUCCGCGACGCACGGCGAGUGUGUAG